AUGAACACAUCAUCAUCAUUGGAAGUCUUGGUAACAUUUGCCAUUUCAUUUUACGAUACACCACACCUCCAACAAGUGAUGCCAAUACUUUUAACGUAUUGUCGAGAGUCGUUAGAAUAUUCUUCUGAUGUCAUGUGCUUCUUUGAAGAGAUGUUUACACUCUUUGAAGAGACUCCAACACUUCAAGCCCUCAUGCAGUCAUUCUCGGCUGAAUACUUGAAGAUACUAAUUGUCGAGUGUUGUGUCUCUGAUGCUGACGACGAAGUUGUCGCGACGCGUUCUAAGUUGCGUUCCGGUCUUUGUUCUGUCAAGGAAAUGUGCAACGAUUAUUUCAAUAUACUCACCACCGCUUUGUUACAAUACAAAGACAACCCACGUGUUAUAGAAAGCGUCUGCUUCUUAUGGGAAGCAGUCGAUACACUCCCUUCUCAACUCUCGCACAUCUCCAUCCAUCGGCCUUGA